AUGGAUAUAGAUGAAUGGACCCAUAAUUUAAAUAAAAAAUUUGGUCAUAAUGGAAUAUUCGAAUUUACUAUGGCUGGUGUUAGAUAUAUAAUGAUUAGUCGUGCAGAAUAUUUGAAUAGAUUUAUGUUACCAGAACAAG